AAAAAUCUCGGAAGCUAACCCAGUUUCCCAGUCUACAGAAGAGCGAAACCUGAAACCGAUUCCUGUUAAACGAUCUACUUGGCAUUCCGGUCGCAAGGACACAUCCUGUGUUUCCGUGAAGCUCAGUUCUCUUGGCCAUUCCUCGUCGGUUGUUUUCUGAAUUUCUUUGCCAAUUGGAUAGUUAUUAGUUGGAAAGACUAAAGAAAGUCCGUUAUGCGAUGAGUCUGUCUACUUUCAUUCGCGCCUCUGUCUCUCAUUUUCCUCCUAUCCAUUCCACCGCAGACACAAGUGGUCUUGCUACUCAGAAUUUCGCCAUCGAAGGCCGGAAUCUGAAUUAUUCGAUCACGACGAGAUAUGGGAAAUUUGUUCCUAUUCUCAAGGACUGUUCUCUUCGGAUUCCUUCGGGACAGCUCUGGAUGCUUCUUGGACCUAAUGGUUGCGGCAAAUCCACCCUCUUAAAGGUCUUGGCUGGGCUUUUGAAUCCGACUAGUGGGACUGCAUAUGUCAGGAGGCCUAAGAGUUUCGUUUUCCAGAACCCAGAUCACCAGGUAGUGAUGCCUACCGUAGAAGCUGAUGUUGCAUUUGGUCUUGGUAAAUUCAACCUUACCCAAGAUGAAGUUAGGUCCAGAGUGGCAAAAGCUUUAGAUGCUGUGGGCAUGUCUGACUAUUUGCAAAGGCCAGUUCAAACUCUUAGUGGUGGUCAGAAACAAAGAGUUGCCAUUGCUGGUGCUUUAGCUGAAGCUUGUAAAGUGCUGUUAUUAGAUGAACUUACAACAUUUUUGGACGAAAAUGAUCAGAUCGGGGUGAUAAAUGCAGUUAAAAGUUCUCUGGCCGCUUCCGGAGAUGUCACAGCGUUGUGGGUUACUCAUCGCUUGGAAGAACUAGAGCAUGCAGAUGGUGCUGUCUAUAUGGAAGAUGGGAAGGUUAUAAUGCAUAGUGAUGCUUCGAGUGUACUGGGUUUUAUCAGAGAGAGGCAAGCAGCUUAUAAUAACUCGAUAAAUUCUUUGUGAAACUCUGAAUCACUUUAUUGAAGUAAUUUGCAAAUAUACUUAAAGUAAAUUUGUUUCACACAUUA